CUCCUAAGAGUUGCGGUAUUCGGUUCGUAUCGAAUAUCACCCCAAACGUACCUGCGCCAGUCUCUUGUGCAGAUGGUGUUUCGUUGCAAAAUGAGUACGUUAAUAACGAACAUCCGCACACUGUUCCUGCACCCUAUGAGUUGACAAUAAAUGUCGACGAAUUAAUUUACCCUUCAACAAAUAACCACCGCUCCAAAAAAACCGACUUACAAGAAGACCCACGAGAAGAAGACCCACAAGAAGACUCACGAGAAGACUCACAAGAUGACCCACGAGAAGACUCACAAGAUGACCCACGAGAAGACUCACAAGAUGACCCACAAGAUGACCCACGAGAAGACCCACGAGAAGACCCACAAGAUGACCCACAAGAUGACCCACAAGAUGACCCACAAGAUGACUCACAAUUUGACCCACAAGAUGUAGUGCACG